AAAAAAAGUGUAGUGCGCAAGAUAUGGAACAAGGAGGUCAUGAGCAGAAGGGUGUGGUCGACUAACGGUUUUUAAUGGUUCCUGACUGACACACAGAGGAAAGAGACCGUGGAUGCUGCUCUGGAACGAGCUCUGGAACUACGCGACAGCUCAGGAUGGACACCAAGGUGAGCUGAAUGACUUUCAUUUGGGACUCAAAGAGGAGAGGAGUAAGGGAGGGACAUUGGCACUCAUGAGAAAGGUAGAGAGUAAGAUAUGUGAAGUGAGAGAGCCUGUGGCGGAUGUUCGAGAUGGACGGACAAACAGACAGAUACACGGAAAGAUAAACAGACAAUGGAUUCAGCUGAGCUGGAUGGCAAUAUGUCUGUUUCUCACACUACCAGGUGCGCCUACACAUGCCUCCUGUCCUGUUGAGCUCAACCCUCCCAGAGUAGUGGUGAGAUAUGGAGACUCCGUCUCAGUCAACUGCACCACAUCCACAGACCCCGAGGGGAUGGGGUGGGAGGUCACGUUCGGAGGUAUAGGUUUGCAAGAAAAUGUCAACUUUGUCACCUGGACUGUGGGAAGCCUCAUGGACUGGACAAUAGAACCUAAAUGCUACAUCAAUCCACAAAAUGGAAGUCAGUGUACUGAGAUUCUCCCUGUCAUUCUCUACAAGACUCCAGACAGCGUGUCUAUCUCUCCUCUGAGCCACUCUGGUCCAAUGAUGGAGGGGAAGGAGUACCAGCUGCAGUGUGACAUCCAGAACAUCGCUCCUCUACAGAACCUGGUUGUGAGGUGGUACAAAGGCAAUGAAACUAUAGAGACUCAAACGUUUAAUGACUCCACAAAGAAACCAGUGAAUAUCUCCUCCACCCUCACCCUCACCCACAGAAGUUAUGAGGGUGAAGUGGAGUACAGAUGUGAGGCAGAGCUGGACCUGGGACCAGAGGAACCAAAACCUACUGCCUUGUCAUCAAAACCUCUUAAUGUUACUGUUUACUCUCACACAAACAAGUCAACAACACCCACGGCUAAGUCUUUAACCACCGCAGAUGCAAGGUGGGAUGAACCAUUCAAUUAUGACUACUACUUCCUCCGUGUUGUUGGUCUGUCUAUGGCUGCAGUGCUCUUCAUCCUGGGUAUUAUGGUCAUUAGCUGUGAUAAAGUAUGACGGAUGCCUAGGUGUCAUGUGGGCACAGGGAAGUCGUACCAAGUGGCCAGAGAGUAGUGAGGGAACAAACGUGUUACUGAGUGGCCUCAAGACACCAGAAGAGUUCAUCAGAGGGACAUGGUGAAACAACACUGAUUCAACAGACCUUAUCGGCCAUGUGCGUGUGUAUGUGUGUGUGAAAACAUUGUUGGACAAAACUCUGCAUCUCUCAUUUCAGAGAUAAGAACGUGAGAUGUGUUUCAUGUGCCUUUCCCACAGACUGCAAGUGAGACUCACUCAACAUUAUGAAAUGACCCCUCCCUCACUCUUCUAAAGACUUACCUGUAGUUUUGAAUGCAAGUUUUAUUAUACUUUGGCAAUCAUAUUUCUAUGUAUAUUUUCAAAUGCUUACAAAAUGUUAAAGAAUAUAUACUGUAGAUGUUACGUAGCUCAGAGGCGCCCCCAAGAGCACUGGAAGAGGUAUUGAUCCUUUUCUCAUAUCCCAGAGACAGCCAAUUCCAUGCCUAGCUUUUCACAGAUUUUCAUGUAGAUUUUAUCUGUAGAUUUGUCACCAACGUGGAUGACAUUUUCUCUAAUAAAUCACAUACAUGUCCUGUU